GUACAAGUCAAUAAGAUCUUGCUUCUGUUCCUUUCCCUUCAGUUCACACAACAAUCGCUUUCACUCAACGCCAUUUCCUAUAACAUCAACCGACCAUUACUUCUCUUCUCCAUUCUCUACCAUCUGCUUCUUCAACACUUCGUGGAUCACAUACUAGAGUCUAUAAUGGAAAACGGGGAUCACUUCCAGGAAAUUUCAAACCCCAAAUAUGAUUGUCUUCUAUUUGAUCUUGAUGAUACCCUUUAUCCAUUUAGUUCUGGUUUAUCAGCACAUGUGACAAAAAACAUUCGAGAUUACAUGAUUCAAAAGCUUGGGAUAGAGGAUGGUAUAGUUCCUGAAUUGUGUGUUUCGUUGUAUAAAACUUAUGGGACGACAAUGGCUGGUCUCAAGGCAAUUGGCUAUGACUUUGACUAUGAUGACUUUCAUGGCUUUGUCCAUGGGAGAUUGCCAUAUAGUAUACUGAAACCUGACCCUGUUCUGAGGGGAAUUUUGCUGAGCUUGCCUAUUCGAAGAAUUGUUUUCACUAACUCUGAUGAUGCCCAUGCUAGCAGAGCGCUUCACAGGCUUGGACUGGAGGGUUGCUUUGAAAGAAUCAUAAGCUUUGAAACUCUGAAUCCCUCCAAGAACUUAGAUAUUCCUGACAAUAAAGAUGGUAGUGAUCAACCAAGUUCCAAAGGAAUUUUUAAUUUCCAUGAGUACAUUUGCAAGCCUGAUCCUGAUAUCGUGCUUCCAAAGACCCCGGUUGUCUGCAAACCCUCCCAAGAUUCAUUUGAAAAGGUUUUCAAGAUGGCAAAUAUUGACCCUAAAAAAACAUUGUUCUUUGAUGACAGUAUCCGCAAUAUAAAGACGGGCAAAUCCUUGGGCCUCCACACAGUCUUGGUCGGUACCUCCGUUCGAACUGCAGGAGUGGAUCAUGCCUUGGAAAGUAUCCAUAAUAUGAAGGAGGCAUUUCCAGAACUGUGGGACGCCAAUGGGAAGCCUGAAAGUGUCAAGUAUACUAGAAAGGUUUCUGUUGAAACGGCAGUAAAAGCUUAACUAGCUGAUUUCUGAACUUUUGGUGUCUAGCACUGUCUUGUUAUCUGACUUUGAUCAUUGUACUUGUUAUUAGAAUCCGAACUACUUAUUAUAUAAAUGCAUUUUUAUUCGCCA